AGAGCUGACCUGCAGUUGGGGGCGAAGAGGGUUCACUCAGUUGUCCAUGAUGAUGUUGAGACAAGCCGCGGCUCACCAACUACUACGGCAAGCAAAGUAGAUCCACUUUCACGCUUCACGGCACUUUAAGACGCCUUAAACUACUUGAAAGUCGCGUACUUCAAUGUAUGAUAAUACUCAGAGGGACUCUCCGGCCAGACCAGGCUUUCAGAGGGUUGAAGUCCAUAAGACAACGUGGGACGUCCCUCAAAGAUACACAACGCUGUGGGCUGUCGGCUCCGGGGCCUACGGGACAGUUUGCUCCGCCAUAGACGAGAAGACUAAGGAAAAGGUGGCCAUCAAGAAGCUAUAUCGUCCUUUCCAGUCCCUCACCCACACCAAACGGGCCUACAGAGAACUCCGGCUGCUUCGUCAUAUACAACAUGAAAACGUGAUAUGCCUCCUCGACGUCUUCACACCUGAUUCCUCCGUGGAGAAAUUCCAAACGUUUUAUAUGGUGAUGCCCUUCGUAGCGCAGGAUCUGGGCCACAUCAUGAAGAAGCGGCGAUUAACCCAGCGCAUCAUCACAUACCUGUUCUACCAGCUUCUCAGAGGACUUAAAUACAUCCAUUCUGCAGGAAUCAUCCAUCGGGACUUGAAACCUGGUAACCUCGCUGUCAACGAGAACUGUGAACUAAAGAUACUGGACUUUGGCCUAGCUCGGCAGACAGAGAGUGAGAUGACUGGUUACGUGGUGACCCGCUGGUACCGCGCCCCGGAGAUCAUAUUCAACUGGAUGCACUACAGUCAGACAGGUACAAUAAUAAUGCAACAACAACAAAAUAAUCAAUUUCUGGUUGUUAUUAUGACUUGUUUCGUCACAGUUGACGUCUGGUCUGCCGCCUGCAUCCUGGCCGAGAUGAUCACCGGUCAGGUUCUGUUUCCUGGACACGACAGUAUUGAUCAACUGAAAAAGAUCCUCCGCCUGACCGGAACGCCAGACUCCACCUUGGUGCAGAAGAUGCAGAGUAAAGACGCACAAUCCUAUGUUCAAGGUCUCCCGCCGCAAAAGAAGAAGAACUUCAAGGAGGUGUUCGAGUCCAUGGAGGACAAAGCUGUGUCGCUGUUGGAGGGCAUGUUGCUGCUGGAUCCAGAGACCAGGUUGACGGCCGAGCAGGGACUGUCGCACGCCUUCUUGGCUGAAUAUCACGAUCCGGAGAGCGAGCCCGGCUCUCUGCUUUACGACGACUCCUUUGAGAGCAUGGAGCUCACCAUCGGGGAGUGGAAGAGUCUCAUCCAUAUGGAGAUCAUGACCUUUGACCCUGACGACCCCAGUAGGACAGCCAUAUAGGGUGAUGCAACAAUGCACUUCAAUUACUUCCACUGUGAAGGUGAAGUUAAAAAAAAAAAAGACAGAGGUAUCACUCCCUACAUUAUUGACAUGUAGACGUCUCUCAAUGUUACUACCACUUGUUACCACAUUUCUUACCAGCGUAGAUGAAGAUGUAAACACACAAGAAGGUCAACACACGCUUUUCCUCUCAGUUUCUCAUUGCAAAUGCUGUAAUUGUUUUUGACGUAAUCUGAUAUUAAAAAUACAUCACAUAUAUUACGGCAAUAUUUAAUUGUUUUUUUUUCUAAUGUUAAGAAAUUAAAAAUGGGAGCAACUGUCAGAAUUGUACGGAGCCCCUAAAGCAGGGGUGUCCAAACUUUUUCCACUGAGGGCCACACGGAAAAAUUUAAGCAUACGGGGGCCAUUUUGAUAUUUUUCAUUUUCAAACCAUAACAAAAUAUAUAGAUUUUUUUUUUAACCUUUAGGGCUCCCG